CGCCGCCCGCCGCCCCGCGGCCUUUUUAGGGCGGGCAGCGGCGGCGCGGGCGGCGGAGACGGGUGGUGGCGGCGGCGCUCUGGCCCCUGCGUGGACCGUGGUCCCCUCCACCGACCCCCUUGGAUUUAUGGACUUGUACAUGAUGAACUGCGAGCUGCUGGCCACCUGCAGUGCCCUGGGCUACCUUGAAGGGGACGUCUACCACAAGGAGCCCGACUGCCUGGAGAGCGUGAAGGAUCUGAUCCGGUACCUGCGUCACGAGGACGAGACCCGGGACAUCCGCCAGCAGCUGGGGGCGGCCCAGAUCCUGCAGAACGACCUGCUGCCCAUCCUGGUGCAGUACCCGCAGGACAAGGUGCUCUUCGACGCCGUGGUCAGGCUGACAGUGAACCUGACACAGCCGGCUCUGCUCUGCUUCGGCAAAGUGCCCCAGGACGCUGCCUCCCGGCACCACUUUCUCCAGGUCGUGUCCUACCUGCAGGCCUAUAAAGAGGCCUUUGCUAGUGAGAAAGUUUUUGGGGUGCUCAGUGAGAAGCUCUAUGACCUGCUGCAACUGGACUGGGAGCAGCGACAGGAGGAAGACACACUACUGAUCGAGAGGAUCUUGCUCCUAGUGCGCAAUGUGCUGCACGUGCCCCCAGACCCCACGGAGGAGCAGGGCGUGGAUGGUGACGCCAGCACCCAUGACCGGGUGCUGUGGGCCCUGCACAUCAGUGGUAUGGACGACCUGCUCAAGUUCUUGGCCAGCUCCCAGACCGAACAGCAAUGGGCCCUCCACGUCCUUGAGAUCAUCUCCCUCAUGUUUCGUGACCAGAAACCCGAGCAGCUGGCUGCGGUGGGGCAGGGCCGCACGGCCACCGAGCGGGGGGAGGACACGCGGGAGCUGGAGACGCUGCGGCAGCGGGAGCUGGCGGAGAGGAAGAGCCGAGCGCUGCAGCGCCCAUCCAGGCACUCCCGCUUUGGCGGCUCCUACGUCAUCCAAGGCCUGAAGGCAAUUGGGGACCGGGACGUUGUCUUCCACAAGGGCCUGCACAACCUGAAGAGCUACAGCCACGACUUGGGCAAGGAGGUGCGGAGGGUGCCCAAGCGCCGGCUGGCGGCCCGCGAGGCCGAGCCGCCCCGUCGCUCUGCCCGCAACGUCCAGCUCUUCCUGCGCGAGUUCUGCCAGGACUUCCUGGAGGGCUGCUACAACCACCUCAUGUACCUGGUCAAGGACCAGCUGAUCCGGGAGAAGGCUCAGCAGCAUGAUGAGACCUACUACCUGUGGGCCACAGCCUUCUUCAUGGCCUUCAACCGGAGCCUGCGGUUCCGACCAGAGCUGGUGUCAGAGACGGUGGGGGUCCGUGCCUUUCACUUCAUCGAGCAGAACCUCACCUCCUACUAUGAGAUGGCGCUGAUGGACAAGAAGGAGGCUGCAACCUGGGCCCGCAGGAUGCACCUGGCCCUGAAGGCCUACCAGGAGCUGCUGCGGACAGUGCAGGAGAUGGACCGUUCGCCUGAGCAGGCCGUGCGGGACAGCAGCCAAAUCAUCAAGAAUAACAUCUUCUACCUAAUGGAGUACCGGGAGCUCUUCCUUGCCCUCUUCCGCAAGUUUGACGAGACGAAACAGCCGCGCAGCUUCUUGCGGGACCUGGUGGAGACGGCCCACCUCUUCCUCCGUAUGCUGGAGCGCUUCUGCCAGGGGCGUGCAGGCCUGGUUGUGCAGCAGAGCAAGCGUGUGCGGAGGAAGAAAAAGCCACGAGCCCCUGCAGCCCUGACAGCGCAACCUCCUACCCCUGAGGAGCUGGAGGAGCUCUGGGCUAGCCUGGCCCCACAGCUCCAGGCCUGCGUGCAGGGCGAGGUGCCUCUCCCUGACGAUGUGGUGCCCUUCGACGCUGCGUCAGAGACGCCGGUGGAGGAACAGCGCGUGGAGGCCAUGCUGCGGAUCCAGGACUGCCUGCUCGGCAGCCGAGCCCCCGAGGCACUGAAACUGCUCCGCUCUGCCAGGGAAGUGUGGCCCGAGGGAGACGUGUUUGGCCCUACUGUCGAGCCGUCAGAAGAGACCAAGCUUCUGCGUGAGAUCCUCUUUGCUCCCCUUCCCCGGCAUGCACCCCCUGAGCCUGAGGAGCCUGAGGAGCUGGAGGAGGAGGAGGAGGAAGAGACCAUGCGAGUCUCAGAGAAGGAGUUCAAUUUCCUAGACUACCUCAAGCGGUUCGCCAGCGCCCCUGUGAUCCGAGCCUACGUGGUGCUGCUGCGUGGCUAUGCCCAGAACAGUGCCCACACCAACCACUGCGUCGCCCGCAUGCUGCACCGCCUGGCCUGUGACCUGCACAUGGAGGCCUUGCUCUUCCAGCUCUCCCUCUUCUCCCUCUUCAACCGCCUGCUGAGCGACCCCUGUGCUGGUGCCUACCAGGAGCUAGUGACUCUGGCCAAGUUCAUCCUGGGCAAGUUCUUUGCGCUGGCAGCCACCAAUAAGAAGGCCUGUGUGGAGCUGCUCUUCUGGAAGAGCCCAGCGAUUGCCCGCGAGAUGACCGAGGGCUACGGCUUGCUGCGGGAGGGCGAGGGGGCCAGCUCGCGGAAGGCUCCAGUCUGGACGCCCCAGGAGGAACGAGAGCUGCGAGAGCUUUACUGGAAGUACAAGGAGGUGGAAGGGGAGGAUGUCAUUGCAAACAUCCUGGCCCACCUGCAGGCGCCUGGGCGCACGCGGAGACAAGUUGUGAACCAGCUGGUGCGGCUGGGGCUGGCCGGCAGCGUCAAGGACUUCCCGCGGGAGAGGAAGGGCACCCGCAUCGUGCUGUGGACGCAGGAGCAGGAGCAGGAGCUGGAGCGGCUCUUCGAGGAGUUCCAGGGCACGGAUGACGUCCUGGGCAACAUCAUGAAGAACCUGACUGCCAGACGGUCCCGGGCCCGCGUGGUUGAGAAGCUGCUGGGGCUGGGGCUGGUGUCGGAGCGCAAGGAGCUGUACAAGAAGCGCAGGAGGAAGGGCCAUGCCCCUGUGUCGGAUGAGAUGGAGCCCCUGGGGGCACCCGCCCAGGCCAGCUCAGCAGAGGAGGGAGAUAGUGACGAAGAGGAGGAAGAAGAGGACGGUGCUGAGGAAGGCCCUCUGGAUGAGCACUGGGCGCCGGAGGACGGGGCUGAGCAGGGACUGGUACAGCGUCUGCGGCAGGAAGGUCUGGCUGGGCCCCUGCAGUGGCUGGAGAACUACCUGAAGCGGACGGCUGGAGACCGCGAGGAGGAUGGCGUGUCCCACCCCGUGCCCUUGGUGCCGCUCUCGGAGGAUAACGAAGAUGCUAUGGAGGACAGGCGCUUCCAGGCGCUGCUGCGGAAGCUGGGGCUCCGGCCUCCCGCCAGCGAGCAGGAGUCCUUCUGGCGCAUCCCGGCCGCCCUCACGCCCCAGCAGCUCCGCCGCGCCGCCGCCUCCCUCGCCCACCAGGGACCCGAGCGCGAGGGCUCCCCACCGAGCCCCCUUGGGCAGCUCUCAGCACCGCUGCACCCCCAGGGCCCCCCACCAGCAGAGCGGCCUUCGGCAUCGCCGGGAUGGGACUCGGAGAGAGAUGAGCCUGUCCCGGCAGGCACCAAGCGGAGGCGGCAGAUGGACAGCGACAGUGAGGACGCUGCAAGUCCGGGCGCCAGCCCGGCCCCCACCGGGCCCUUUGUGGAAGAGGACGAGGAGCUGCAGCCCCCCGGCCGCCGGAAGCGUAUUCGCCAUGUGGAGGAGGAGGAAGAGGAGGACUGAGGCUCUUCUUGCCCUGCCCAGACCCUCGCUGUAUUCCAGCACCCCAGGGGAGCAGGGGGCUGCAGGCCCUGCUCUCUGCAGCCUUCCUUGUCUUUAGUUUCUGCUUUUUCUGCAGGCUUUUAAACUGGUUUUUAAGGGUGGGGUAAAAGCAAGCUGCAGCUAUCCCCCUCUUCUCCCCUUCUCUUAUCCAUCUUGGUGUUUCUGUGUCUAAGGUCACUGUUUCCCUAGGCCUUCUCUUUUCUAAUUAUACCUUUUAAAGCUGGAGAGAGACCAAAUAAAAAAAGUAUAAAUCUU